GUCUCGAAGCUGGAGCCGGGCACAAGGCGGCGGCGCCCCGAGCAGGAUCAGACAUGGCCCAGAACCUGAAGGACUUGGCGGGGCGCCUGCCCGCGAGGCCUCGGGGCAUGGGCACGGCCCUGAAGCUGCUGCUGGGGGCCGGGGUGGUCGCCUACAGCGUCCGCGAGUCCGUGUUCAUGGUGGAAGGCGGGCACCGAGCCAUCUUCUUCAAUCGGAUCGGUGGCGUGCAGCAAGACACCAUCCUAGCCGAAGGCCUCCACUUCAGGAUCCCCUGGUUCCAGUACCCCAUCAUCUAUGACAUUCGGGCCAGACCCCGAAAAAUCUCCUCCCUCACAGGCUCCAAAGACCUGCAGAUGGUGAACAUCUCCCUGCGAGUGCUGUCUCGGCCCAAUGCACAGGAGCUCCCCAGCAUGUACCAGCGCUUGGGGCUGGACUACGAGGAGCGAGUGCUGCCGUCCAUUGUCAACGAGGUGCUCAAGAGCGUGGUGGCCAAGUUCAACGCCUCCCAGCUGAUCACCCAGCGAGCCCAGGUGUCCCUGCUGAUUCGACGGGAGCUGACUGAGCGCGCCAAGGACUUCAGCCUCAUUCUCGACGAUGUAGCCAUCACAGAGCUGAGUUUCAGUCGAGAGUACACAGCUGCUGUAGAAGCCAAGCAAGUGGCCCAGCAGGAGGCUCAGCGGGCCCAGUUCUUGGUGGAGAAAGCAAAGCAGGAACAACGACAGAAGAUUGUACAGGCUGAAGGGGAGGCUGAGGCUGCCAAGAUGCUUGGAGAAGCCCUGGGCAAGAAUCCUGGCUAUAUCAAGCUCCGCAAGAUCUGGGCUGCCCAGAACAUCUCCAAGACGAUUGCCACAUCGCAGAACCGUAUCUAUCUCACAGCUGACAACCUUGUGCUGAACCUACAGGACGAAAGCUUCACCCGGGGAAGUGACAGCCUCAUCAAGGGUAAGAAAUGAGGACAGUCAUCAGAAAGUCCAUCUCCAGAAAGGAAGUGGAUGUGUUUCUCCUCCGCCUGCUGAGGAGCCAGCCAGGGGGUCCAGCACACCCCACCCUGACCCCAGUAUCAUGUGAUGGUCCCUCUGUACCCAUCCUGUUCUUGAAUUAAGGAAGACUAGAGACCAACCCUUUUGGAGUGAAUGACUUUCCUCCUUCCUGUAUUGGCCCAGGUGGGGUUGGGACAGUAUGAUUUCUCAGUGAUUUGCUACAGUGUUGCUCCCUCCCUCCAUGUGGAAGGAGAGAACCACAUCCCAUAAGUUCUCAAUAAAUUUUUAUUAUGCUAAAAAA